AUGGAAUCUCUACUCUGGCUUCUCAGCAUUGACCCUAUCCUUCUUGCACAGUCUGGUGAAUACGAUUUCCCUCCUGCUUCAACUGCCUCCCCACCUCGCCUCUCUGUCCCCACCAAUCCGCCAUCCAGAACACUUCCGGAUGUCACCGCUCGCCUGGAUCAUUUACGGAAUCUGCUGAACUCGGAAAGGCAUAGAGAUAGUGAAGGAAGGAGACAGGCAUUAGACUUACUUGACCGCGAAUUAUUGGAAGCAUCAACAGAAUCCAUGUCCGAUAGACUAAAUCGCCGGCGGCGAGCGCUCGAGUCUCAGGUCAGAGACUAUGAGGCCUCUUCGAGUCCCGAUCCAGACACCAUACCUAUUAAUCAUACGAAUUCACUUAUGCGGGCGAGACGGACUGCAACCCGCCCCAGUGAGAGGCUAGAAAGACAUAGACAGCGUUUGAAUCAGGGUUUGAAUCAGAGUAUGGCACGUCCUCGGGGGGAUGCCGACCACCAUGCAGCGAUUGAUGUCAACCCUGCCUCGGCAUUACCGGAUAGACCUAUUCCGCGCAUUGGUUCUCCAGAUAUCACGGCCCAGGAAUACUCUGGAGAAGCACAGAUGAAUCGGGAGAAUCGAUGGCGAGCAAAGCGGAGGAAGAUUGAAUCGGAUGACCCAUCUGAUGGUUUCAAAGGAGCUACCUAUGGACACCGAGGUCAGGUUGUCUCAGGGCCACUGAAGAUGGAAAUCGUCAGUUGUGAUGGUGGGCAAUAUUCAGAACCAAAUGGUGAUAGCUCGUGGCCAGAAAAUGUUCUUCAGGAUGAUUCCUCAGUCUACUGCACCAAAAGCGAACGUUGCAACAUUAUUCUACGACACAAGAAGGGCACACCGUUCUCACUUCGGAAGCUUGUCAUAAAGGCUCCGCGGAACGGUUUUGACGCACCUAUCCAGGAAGGAAUGAUUUUUGUGUCUUCAGAUGACAACAACCUCCUAUCUCGCACCGCACAAUACCAAAUACAAUAUUCGCCCCGACGGCCACGCUCCCAACGCAACGAGUUCAGCCAUAUACGACUUCAGUCAUCGCAUGAGCAUUUCCACUCGAUUCGCUCCCCACUUCGAUCCAUUGACCGCUCAACCUAUCUCCGAAACCCCUUCCCUCCACCCCGCCAACCAGAGAACUCCGCUAUAACUGCCAUGACUACCGACUUCAGCAAUGACUCGGAAAAUCGAGGUAGCAUACCCCAGCAAAUCCCCGGCUUUCAUGUUACCACACGAUUCGACGACGUCGAUUCUGACAACGAGGAUGCCACUGGAGCGCAAUCAGUUUCCGAACGGGAGGAGGCAGAAAUUGACCGAAUCCUCAAUCUACGCGAUCACUACUGGCCUCGAUACCGCCGUUCAUGGUCUGACAGACAAAUCGACGGAGAAGACAGCCCGGGUUCUUCUUCAGAUGAAGGUGCAGAAUCCCCUGACGAAUAUUUCUCGCGAUCCGGAGUAGAUCUCGACAAUGUCAGCCCCGAGGAACGGCGCAUACUGAUUUCGGAGUACACGGCGCAAAUGAUGGAGGACCGGCAUAUACGAUAUGGGCGGAUGAUGAGGAGAGCACCAAGUCGGAUUGAAGUGGCUAACCCUGAUCCACUGAAUGCUGGUUCGAAGACCACGGAUGUUUUGGCGCCUCAUGCGAGGUUCUUCAUAAGGAGGCACAAGAGCUGUGUUACUGUCAGGUUUGAUCCGCCUGUCGCCGGAAAGUUCAUCCUCAUCAAGCUGUGGGCACCCUCUCAGAAUUCAAACAUCGAUAUCCAGAGCAUCGUUGCGCAUGGCUUCGCAGGACCGCGAUUCUUUCCCUGUUUGGAAUUCCAGUGA